CCAAAAUGUCUAAGGCUUCUGCGACACCAUUCAAGAGCUUCGACUCUUUACUCUUCGACUUUAAUGCUUUGAAAAAUAUUCCAGAACUUGCAGAUCUGGUAUCGUUGUUUUUGGAUGGCGAUUAUAAGGCAGUUUUGAGCAGCCGCACCUCGCAAAUUCUGUACGAGGAGCUCUUCGAAACCAUAUCGUCGUCGCGCAGCAAGCAAGAUUCUGCUCUCCAAAUCGAGGAACUGAAAACUUGGAAUGGCGCAAUCAAAGUCCUGCUCACUGGCCUGGCUGCGCUAAAUGCUUUUCUACAAGCAAAUGUCACGGGACCCCCGACCUUAUGGCAGGAUGUCUUUCCGCAAAAGCCACUGGACUUUGAUUCAAAGUGUUUGAAGAGUCUGGAUGUGGAUGGUAUAUCGGUUUACCAAUACAUCCCUAACUUGGAACUGUUCUGUCUGGCGAGAUUCAUCUUCACGGUCUUCUUCCCACGAAUAGUGGAUGGAGAAUACAGGGAUUCGAAGUGGAUGAGAAUCAGGAUCAAUGCUUUUCAUCAAAGACUAUUGAGCGGAGUCAGUGCCGGAAGGCUGAGCGAGAGUGCUUUGUUAGUAGAUGCUAUUGAUAAGGACAUCAAAGACCUCGAAAGCGAAGUCUUUGCCGAGAAAAGUGCAUUUGACACAGACGCCAAAGUCAUGUUCUUGUUGGAGGAAGCACAGAUAUAUAUCUUGCAAAGCCUGGAUCUGAAAGCAAGAGAAAAGGUCAGGAAAGCAAAGGAAAUUGCCGGAUUCGAGUACGAGUUGAGCGGCGCGUUGGGAAAGAAAACAAAGUUCCAGAAGAACGACAUCUCACAGCUUGUUGUGUUUGCCAAGAGCAAUGACGAUGAGGAGGUAGAUACAAAUCACUUCACAGCGAACAAGGAUCUGGAAAGAUCAAAUGGAAAUGCACCCACGACUUUGGAUCUCAACGAUGAUACGCUUCUGGAAUCCAUUUCAUUUGCGAAAUGUGGCAAUGACGUUGUUGCAACAUCGUCGCUCCCUCCAUCACUCGCCAACCUCAAACCAGAUGAACAGCCCCAGCUCAAGCCUCUAGACCAGAUUACAUUACUAACAGAAGCCACUCUCAAGGACACCCUUUCUCCAUUAGACAAGCUCAACAGUGAAGAGAUCUUGCCCUACGCAGUUCGUGUGCUAAAUGACAAGCCUACAAACUGGCAAAUUUACACGCAAGCCCUUCUCGUUAGAAGCCAGAUCGAGUCACAUCGCUCUAGAACCCAAGAGCGAAGUGUGCUUCAGCUUCAGGUUAUCGUUGAUCAAAUCAUCGCCGACACACAAGAACAGUCCGGGGUUGUCAAUGGAGGUGAAAAUGGCGGCAUUCCGGAGAUAAAAGUCACCUCGUUCCUUCCAAGAGCCAAAGUCGACGAGUCAGCUCCAGUAACAGAGAGAUUAAAGUACAUAUAUCCUUUAGCCUCUCCAACUAGAUGGGAAAUCGAAACUGAGCUGGCGUAUGCUUGGGCUAGUGCUGGUUCAUUUGUGUCAGCCUUAGAGAUCUUCAAACGAUUAAGAUUAUGGGCUGAAGUAGCGUUAUGCUAUCAUAGCGUGCAUCAAGAAGAGAAAGCUCGACAAAUCGUCCGAAGACAGCUUUUCUUCUCGAAGAAAGGUACGGAGAUGGACAAGUAUGAUGUUGAUGAGAAAGAAGUUGUGCAGGAGAAAUGGGAUGGAGAGAUCAGAGAUCCAAGUCCGCCUCAUUCUCCAAGACUGUGGUGUAUUCUGGGAGAUUUGGACCAAGAUCCUUCAUGCUGGGAACAUGCUUGGGAAAUUUCGAAGCAUCGUUAUGCUAGGGCACAACGAACUUUGGGAGAAUAUUACUCCAAGACAGGAGACCUGGACAAAGCACGAGCAAGCUAUCUGCAAGCUACGGUCGUGAACAGACAGAAUGGUGAUACGUGGUCCAGACUUGGUGACAUCGAUCUCAAAGUCGGGAAUUGGGACGGAGCAAUUAUCGCUUUCCAGCAAUCGAUAAUGAUCCACGAGACAGACGCGAAAACAUACUCCAAUCUUGGAUCAGCACUACUUAGCAAGCAUGCCGAGCUCACAAAAACCCAAAAGCUCGCAGCAUCGACAGCUGCUCCUGCUAUCGAGCCGCUUGAUGACGAAGAAAUCUCCUCUGUUCACAAAUCUACACAGGAUCCCCAAUCUCUGCUCCGCCAAGCUUUGGCAGCCUACAAACGUGGUGCAGCUAUUGCUUACACGAACUGGCAGAUUUGGGACAAUGUCAUUACCAUCGCUGGCCGACUUUCUCCUCCCUCUUUUCCAGAUUUGCUUUCCGGCAUGCGGUCUGUUAUUCGGAUCCGCGCUCCCGCCGUCGGUGAAUUCGCUGUCGACAUCGAUGUCUUGCGAGCUUUGGUCCUUGAAGUAACGUCUAGCGAGCGACCAGAGAACACCCUUCCUGGAGAAAGCCCUGCGGAAAACAACGGAAUCUAUAUCGCACCCAGAGGUAGUCUCGCAAGAGCAGUAAUUGCCAUGGUAAACACUAACAUCAUCCCACUAAUCACUAAACGCGCCGAACUCUGGGCACUUGUCGAGAAGCUUUCGUUAUACAGAAAGGACUAUGCGAAUGCAUUAAGUUGUGCAGAGAAAGCUUGGAGGAUGCUGAAGGAUGGAGAAGAUUGGCUGCUCGAUGAGGAGAGGUGGAAGAGUGUUGUUAGUGCUACUGAUAAUCUUGUCAGUGCUUUUGAGAAUUACGGACCGAUGGAGAUGGUUGGUGAGGAUGGGGAGACGAGGGAGGUGGAGAAGAGUUGGAGGAUGAAGGCGAGGAAUGCAGUGAGAGGAGUCAUGAGUAAGGGGAAGGAAGUAUGGGAAGGUGGUGAGGAAUGGGAGGCACUUCAGGCUUUGCUUGAAGGACUCAAGAGUUAGGUAUAGAAAGUAAUGAAGAC